UCGUUGCUUCUUCCUUCCCUGCAUGUCGUUGCUUCUUCCUUCCCUGCAUGUCGUUGCCUCUUCCCCGCGCCUGUUGUUGCCUCUCUCCCUGGGUGUGGUUGCCUCUUCCCCAUGCGUGUCGUUGCCUCUCUCCUCCCUGGGUGUUGUUGCCUCUCCCCACGUGCAUGUCGUUGCCUCUUCCUUCCCUGGGUGUCGUUGCCUCUCUCCUCCCUGUGUGUCGUUGCCUCUUCCCCGUGCCUGUUGUUGCCUCUCUCCUCCCUGGGUGUCGUUGCCUCUCCCCACGUGCCUAUUGUUGCCUCUCUCCUCCCUGGGUGUCGUUGCCUCUCCCCACGUGCGAGUCGUUGCCUCUUCCUUCCCUGCUUGUGUCAUUGCCUCUCUCCUCCCUGGGUGUUGUUGCCUCUCCCCACGUGCAUGUCGUUGCCUCUUCCUUCCCUGGGUAUCGUUGCCUCUCUCCUCCCUGUGUGUCGUUGCCUCUUCCCCGUGCCUGUUGUUGCUUCUCUCCUCCCUGGGUGUCGUUGCCUCUUCCUUCCCUGUGUGUGGUCGCCUCUCUCCUCCCUGGGUGUCGUUGCCUCUCUCCUCCCUGGGUGUCGUUGCCUCUUCCCCGAGCCUGUCGUUGCCUCUCUCCUCCCUGGGUGUCGUUGUUGCCUCUCUCCUCCCUCGGUGUCAUUGUUGCCUCUCUCCUCCCUGCGUCUUGUUGCCUCUCCCCUCAGCACAGAGGAAAGGGUCCCCAAAUUAUGCAAGAACAGACAAAGUCAAUACUACAAGAUUUACCCAAGUAUUUGCAUUUUUUACACCUUACUUGGAUGGAGAUCUUCACUGCAAAAUAUGAAGAAGUUAACAUUUCAGAGGAUGGCUUCGGUGUGGUUUGUAUGUGGUUUUGGAAAGCAAAUUCGACUGUCAGAAAGUAUAGAAAACUGGCAAGCAAAUCUGAUGCACCUCGCCUACAAAUCUGAUGCCAUGCCAUAAUAAAUCAAAGGUGC